AUGGACAAAGUACAGGCUUUCGGGAAGAACAUUAGUGCAUCAUUUACCCCUUUCGCAGCCAGGACGCAGCAAUUUGUGAAGGAACAACUCGGCCAAGCUGAUGAGAAGACACAACUUCCCGAUGAUUAUAUCGAGCUCGAGAAGCGUGUGGACGCUCUAAAGCUGGUUCAUCAGCAGCUCUUGCAGGUUACUUCUCAAUACUCUAAUGAGCCUUAUGACUACCCUCCCAACAUUCGCGAGUCAUUCAACGACCUUGGCCGUACCAUUAGUGAGAAAGUCCAGCUUCUUUCCCACGCUACAUCUCCCGCUGAAGCACAGGCGGCCCUCACGGCUCCUCCAUCUGCCAAGCCCCAGCCAAAGACUUUCAGCCAUGCCAUCGCGCGCGCUUCCCUGGCUGGUUCUCAGUUAAUCGCGCAGACCACCCCCAGUGGCUCAGAGGACCCCCUCGCCAUUGGCUUGGAGAAAUACGCUCUUGCCGCUGAACGAGUUGGAGAGGCACGGCUCGCCCAGGAUGCUCAGAUCCAGAGCCGGUUCCUCGCCGGCUGGAACACCACGUUGAACACCAACCUGAUGUUCGCGACCAAAGCUCGCAAGAACGUCGAAAAUGCGAGGUUAAUGCUCGAUUCGAUCAAGGCUAGAAAGGGAGUGUCGAGGGGAGAUUUGGACAGCCUCAGUGAGGAAGAUCGGGCUGAGAUUGAGCAGGCGGAAGAUGAGUUUGUAGGCCAGACUGAGGAGGCUGUUGGAGUUAUGAAAAAUGUUUUGGAUACGCCUGAACCUCUCCGGAAUUUGGCAGAUCUUAUCGCGGCUCAGUUGGAGUACCACAAGAAAUCUUACGAGAUCCUCAGCGAGCUUGCCCCAGUUGUUGAUGGGUUGCAAGUCGAGCAAGAGAACGCAUUCCACUAA